CGGCGCGGAGGCGAUGGCGAGGUCGAUCCUCGUCUCUGGCGUCGUCGGCGGGGAUGACGACGAGGAGCCUCACUCACCGUCCGCGGUGAGAGGCGCGCCCGUACUGCGCGAGCUGUUCAUGCACGGUAACCCCCUCGGCGCGGUGGGCGCCGCGGCCAUCGCGGACGCGUGCGCGUCGGCUGGGCCGGUUGACGGCGCGAGACCGAGCCUGGAGGUUCUGAGCCUGAGCGCGACGCGCCUGGGCGUAUCGGGGGCUUCCGCGUUGGCGACGGCGAUGAUCGUCCCGGGAGGACCCCUCUCGCGCGUCUCCCACCUCGACCUAUCCGCAAACGACAUCGGCGAGUCCGGCGCGGGGUUCCGACGCCGGAUGACGCCGGCGGCGGAUGACAAGCCCGACAACCGCCUCGUCGGCGUCCCUCCGUCGGACCUCCUCCAUCCCACCGACUCGUCGCCCGCCACGGUCGCGGAGACAUCGAGCCUGAUUGCGCUUACCUCGAGUCUCGCGUCCGCGCCGUCCCUGCGACGCCUCGACCUCGGAUACAACAACCUCGGCGACGCGGGCGCGGGAGCGAUUGCGUCGGCGUUUCCCCUCGGGCUGGGCGCCUCCGUCGCCGAGCUGGACCUCCAGAGAAACUCCAUCGGGGACGAGGGAGCCGCGGCGCUGGCGAGGGCGCUCGAGGAGUGCAUUGAAGGCGUGAUGGUGCGGAGUUUGGACCUUCGGUCGAACGCGAUCGGCGACGCCGGGAUGGAAGCGCUUCGCGUUCACGUCGCGGCUGGCACGGCGAGGCUGAACUUCAUGCCCGCCAGGUGGACCGUGCCGGGACCGGCGACGCCGGACGAGGCGGUCGCGGAUGUCGCGGUCACCGUCUGAACGUUGAUCGACGGCCGCGUCGCUAGACUCUAUCUCACGAUGCAAGCAAAUUAGUCUAAGGUCUAUCCAUGACCAC